AUGCCUCGCGAAAUCCAGGACAUCAAGACCUUCAUCGAGAUCUGCCGCCGGAAAGAUGCCUCCUCGACCCGGGUGAAGAAGAACAAGAUUGGCAACACAACACAGACGAAGUUCAAGGUGCGAUGCAAGCGCUACCUCUACACGCUCGUCCUCAAGGACUCGGACAAGGCGGACAAGCUGAGGCAAAGCUUACCCCCGGGUAUGUCGUGA